AAAUUAACUGUACAAGCGAUGAUGUCAUUGCCCCGACAGGUUAUGAGUAGUGCGCGCCGAGGAUGUCAAGAUGGCUGCCACGUACAUCUGAUCGGAGGUGUGUGCGCUCGCGAAAUUUGACGCCAAACUGUGAUAAAAGGGGCUGUCUUUUUUGAGUUCCUGACAUGGUGACAGUGCGGUAUUAGUCGGUUUGUAUCCAUGAGCACUACUUUGUACACCCUCGAUGAUAAUUUUUGUCGUCGCGGCCGCCGGCGGCUCGCAUUGAACCAUGUUCAGCAAAAAACUUCAUGUAGACGUCAAAAAGUCAACAUUGAAGAUUCAGGAUGUUAAAAAGGAUAGUGCAACCCGAUUCAAACAUCUUAAAAUCGUAUUAGAAAAUGUGGACACUGAUGAAGCAAAGGGGUUUUUUGAAGGCAACUUCAGUCAUGUCUAUUUUAUUUUGUAUGAUUGUUUUGUAUCAGCUGAAACAAAUCUGCGACAACGAGAACUUUCCUUCCAUAUUGUUCAUAAAGCACAUAGGGAGGAAUUGGAACAGGUAUUACAGCUCUUAGAAAAAGUUUUAACACUUCUCCCUGAACUUCUUAAUAGAAGAUGGCAAUGUCAUAGUUUAGCAAGAAUUUUGCAGAAGCUUUUACAUCCUGGUAAUAGUUGGAAACUUCGAAGAGAAGCUAUAAGAUACUUUAUUUUGUGGUACCAAGCUCUUGGAGAAAAUGCUCCUGAUCAUAUUCAUCAAAUGUUUGCAAGCUUGAUACCAGGGUUUCCACCCCAGCAACCAUCUCCUUAUAAAUCUGAACGUAAAAUAGAUGGAAAAAAAGAUAAACUUGCAAAAAAUCUUAUUGGUUGUGAUGAUAAAGACAAGAAAGAAUUUUAUGAUACACAAUUAUCACAAAGUACUUUUCAUGACAAUGGUUCAAAUCAAUGUCCUGUCACUCCAGUUGACAGUGGACCUAUUUUACCUCCACAAAGUGGAGAGAAGCCUCUUGAUAAUGAGACUGUUCGAUUUUUAGAAGCAUUACUUGAAUUUAUGGUUACUCAGGUUGUAAAGAUAGAAUGGAGAGAUAAAUCUUCACGACAGCACAAGACUUUUCAAUUUUUAUUAGAACGUUUUAAAGCUACAUACCUUCGUCAUAUUUGUCCUGAGUUUGAUGAUAAUUUUUCAUUGUACAAACCGAAUUUAGAGUUGCCUACAAUGCGUAAACCAACGAAUCAAAAUCAGGAUAAUUAUAUAUUAUGUAAAGUUUCUUUGAUUAAGUGGAUUGCUAGUUUCACUCAUAUUGCUAGGAAAGAUGCUCGUGUCGCACACCUUUCGCAUAGCACAACACCAAAUGAAGAAAAUACAGAACCAGAACUUCGUCGAGUUUCAGUUACUCAAAAUGUUGCUGAAUCAUCCUUAUUAUCACCUGAAUCAAAUGUAUCUCACCAAGAAAAUCAAAAUCAGGAAGAUAAUACUAUUUCAGCAUUUACUCUUGUUAGAGAAGUUCUGUAUGGAAAUAGAGAUAAUGUGAAUUUUGUACAUGAACUAUAUAGACAAGCCUUUUUGCUGGACUUUAAUCAUGCUGGUGCUAUAAGAAAGGCUAUAGCUGUUUAUAAAGAUUGGAUUCAAAUGAAUGAAUUACCACCAUUCAUGUUAGAACCAUUGGAUAGUCAUAAAGAAAGAGAUUUAGAAGAAAAUUCAAAAAAAGAUAUAAACGAUAUCGAUAAAAGUCCUUCUGAAAGCUAUCGUCAAACAAGAUUAAGAAAUGAUUCUUAUCUCGGUGCUAUACACAGAGAAAAUUUAUUUAUAAGAGCGGGACUACAAAAUGUUUUACAAGUAUUUAUUACACAAGCUUCUAAUGUUUUUUUCUUAGAAAAUUCUAGACCAAACGCAUCUCUUACAUUACUUGAAGAACAAACGGAUAGUUGCAAAAGAGUUUUAAACGUAUAUCGAUAUGUCGUAAUGAAUUCUCGAUUAGAACCGGCUACUUGGGAACAGUUACUUAGAGUAUUAUUACAAAUAACAUCUCUUGUUUUAAAUGAGAAAUCUUCUCGACGUAAAACUCAAGAAAGCAUAGGUGGAAAACUUGCUCCUGCUAUAUUUCAAACUUUAAUUGUUACGUGGAUUAAGGCCAAUUUAAAUGUUGUUAUUUCCACACAAUUAUGGGAUCAGUUUUUGGAAGUAUUAACAUCUUUAACACAAUGGGAAGAAUUAAUUCGAGAAUGGGCCAAAACCUUAGAUACUUUGACAAGAGUACUUGCUAGGCACGUGUAUAACUUAGAUUUAAACGAUUUACCAUUAGAUAGAUUGAGCGAACAAAAAACUAAAAAGCGUCGUGGUGUAGGAAGUAGAGCUGCUUCCACUGGAAGUGUUCAACCACCACGUAAAGGAAGUGUCGAUCAAGAUAAUAAUACCGUAUCUAAAGAAAAUGUUUCGGAUCAUCCGAUGCGAGAUUUAAGGAAAAUACGACCUCUCCCUCGUAGUGCAAGCGAUAAUACAAUAUACAAUGGAAAAGCACGUACGAAGCUUCAUAGGAAUCGUACACAUACUGUACAUAGUGGUAUUCCUGUACUUCCCCUAUCAAUAGAGCAAGAUAUGGCCCGAUUACUGUCAAAUAGUGCUACAUCGUCAUCAGCAACUGGUCGGAAAAUGUUACCAAACAGACGUGCUAAAUCUUUGGAUAGCAUUAUUAUAGUCGAUAGCGAACCACCAUCACCGCGUUGUCCUUCUCCAACACCGAGCAGUGGAGUUGAUAGCAAUAAGGAUAGUCCGAUACAGAUAGAAAAUAUUGACGGCAGUAGUAUCGAUACGAACGAUGCAUCAGAAAGGAGAUCUGUUAUGGCUGGAGGUGGUGUUCGUGGAUGGUUACCUGAUGUCGCGGUCGUAUUGUGGCGUCGUAUGUUAUCAGCAUUGGGAGAUGUAAACAACAUUCAAGAUCCUACUCUUCAUGGACAAGUUAUGGAUUAUCUUGUUCAACUUACGCAGACACUUAUAAAAAUUCGCUUGAAUCAAGGUGUAUCUGGAGAUAAUCAGGCAACUCCACCAGCUCCAGAACUUAUACCUCCAUUGACAGUCAUUGCUCCAUGGUGUUUCAAGGCGAUACAGCUUCCUAGUCAAUAUGAAGUUGGUAAAUUGGCAGCCUAUCGUUUGAUCUGUCUUUUAACAGUUCAACCACAAGAUAUUAAUUUACCAAAACAACAUUUAACUCUUUUUUAUCGUGCAGUUCAUAGUGGCAUUGUUAGUAAUGAUAAUAAAGUAUUACAUGUACUGGUUAAAUAUACCGGUCCUAGAUUAUUCAGUUUGAAUCUUCCUGGAUCUAGUCUUUUAAUUUUGGAUUAUAUUCAUGCUGCUAAUGUAAUACUGAGUACUCAAGACAUUGAGGCACCAAGAACUGAAGCUGUAUCAAUAAUUGGAUCAUUACUGUCAUUACCGGCUACUACAAUUAAAUUACCUGUAUUGCAACCUACUGCAACUGAUAUUGUGACUAUGACAUGUCCAGAUGCAAAAGAGCAUAUAAUCACGAUCCUUUUAAAAAGUUGUAGACGAGAACCAACUGGUAUUGCAAGAUGCAUAGCUCUUUCAAGUAUUGCUAUGUUUAUAUAUAGAGAAUUGUGUUAUAAAAAUCAGCAUUCAAGGAUUCCAGAAGCUGUUACUGUUCUUCUUUUGGCACUUAAACGGAUACAACGAGCAAAGCGUCGCAGAGCUGGUUUCUAUUAUCCACUAAUGGAUCAGGCUAGUCAUGCUACUGUUGCUCAAGUGGCAUGUGACUCUCUUCUAUUGUUAUGUGAUAAAGCAGACAUCUUGUUAGAAUUAUAUCCAAAUGUGCCAUGUAAAAUAAUUCAAAUUUUAUCGGAAACACUUGGAUAUAUGAGUACUCGAGAAAGACGCGGUCCUUUGACGAUAUCAAUGUUGUUUUGUUUAGGUGAAUGGGCUAUGCAUCUUGGUCCAUCCGUUUUAUUACGUGUAUUUCAAGAAAAACCUCUCUUAAUGACCUUAUUUACAGUUUUGGAUAAUAUAGUACAAGAUAAAAUCGAUAAAGAUGCAUCACAAACAAAUAAAAAUGAAGAUGAAGAUGAUGAUUUUGAUCCUAAUAUUACUUUGGAUAAUUUAGCUGACGAAGUGUGUGCAAAAUCACCUCGACGAGGCAAUAUUCAGUCUGUUCAAUUAGCAGCAAAGAUGGUAAUGAUGCAUUUAAUAAAUCAUUUGGGGCAUUUUCCAAUGGGCAUUGGAGCUGCACGAUUAUCUUCAUUAGUUGUUGAAUUAGAUGAUGUACCAGGAAUCGAUGGAGAUGAACUAUCUUCUGCAAUUUUUCAUGCACCAAAUAUACAAUUGUUAAUGUUAUCAAAUUCUGUAAUAAUGUCACUUGUUGAAUUAGCAGCAUUAGAUGCACCUGGAGGAGGUGUUACUGCAGGAUUAACAACAGCACCAUCAUUAGUAAGGGUAUUAUUGCGAGAUCUUGCAGGAAAAGCAUCUUGGGAUAGUUCUAUUUUAUAUAGUCAACCAUUUAUCGACAAUGAUGUGCCGGUAGCAUUUACAAAACAUGUUGAAUGGAAAACAAAAAUACCUGGAGAAGAUUUAAGCAGUGUUAUAACAUCUCAAAUUUGUACACCUCGACAUACAAUAAGGCAUCGUGAACCUCAUAUAUUGCCUACGUUUGCAAAUGCCGCAAGUGAUAUGGAUAAUUUAGAUGAUCUCUUACAAUAUAUAGGAUAUACAAGUCCAGAAGUAUUAACUAAUCCAGAAAUAGCUCUAAAUGCACCUGCUAAUCCACCACAAGGUCAUUAUCUUGAAAGUGAAACCAUUGCCACAAUUCUCAGCCAAAGAAAUGCUGAACAAGAGCAUAUCAACAAUUGGAAUCAACACAUUAGUAUGUGUGCAUCAGCAAUAAGCCCACCACCAUGUCGUCCUCCUCCAGCGCCGUUUCAUCACUGCCGUCUUUUGUUUUCACACUUGGGUUUAUCUGGAUGGGAACAACGUAGAAAAUUGCAUUUAUUAUCCAAAAACGAAAAACUUUUACGAGAAUUACGAAAUCUUGAUAGUCAACGAUCUAGAGAAACACAUAAAAUAGCAGUGAUUUAUGUUAGUCAAGGACAAGAAGAUAAAAAUUCUAUAUUAAGUAAUAUCACUGCUAGUAAAGAAUAUGAAAACUUUAUUGCAAGAUUGGCGUGGGAAGUUGAACUUGAAUCACAUACAGGUUUUCUUGGAGGUCUUGUACCUGGAAAAGCAUCCGGAGUUACAGCACCAUAUUUUGCAACAUCUUUUACAGAAAUUCUUUUUCAUGUAGCAACAAGAAUGCCUUCGGAUAGUCCUGAGAGUUUAUUACAAAAGACACGACAUCUUGGUAAUGAUGAGAUUCAUAUAGUUUGGUCUGAACAUUGGAGAGAUUAUCGUCGAGAUAUUAUACCAACUGAAUUUUGUGAUGUUUUAAUAGUAAUUUAUCCAUUACACAAUAAAUUAUAUAGAAUUCAAAUUUCUCGAAAGCCAGAAAUUCCAUUCUUUGGACCUCUCUUUGAUGAAUGUAUUGUUGAAGAUAAAGUUUUACCUGCAUUAGUAAGAACAACAGCAUUGGCAGCAAGUAGAGCAAAACGAUCUACACUUACAUUAUAUCAACAUUAUUAUGAAGAAAGAGCGAGAUCUAUUGAUACUGUUAUGAGGAACCACAAAGAAGCUACUACAUUUGAAGAGUUUACAGCUAAUGUAUAUUCACCAGUACAGCCACCAAGUCCAUUUAGUGGAGCUUCUUCUAUAUCUGCAUCGUCAAACCUCGCAGCAGCGCUUAUAGAUUCACAUCAGGGUCGAUCUGGUCUGCGAAGUUCUUCAGCGGCAAGCAGUGAUAAUCGCGCGAAUAGAGGUGACUAAUUCAGUCCACUAACCCCCACCCACCUUGUAACACCACCCAACAAGUUUCUGAUGGGAGCAGAGUAUGGUUUAGUAAUGAUACCCCUGACAGUACAGCACUUCAUGGAAUAUCUCCCAGACCUGUGAAAAAGAUGUCAUUUAAAACUGGACCGAAACAGAGAGCGAAUACUCAACCCACGCCUCCCGAUAGUCCAAGAUAUAAAUAAGGAGUUUUGUAUCAGUAUCAUAAAAAAAGAACAUUUUUUGCACAAGUGGUUGUUUGGGCAUAUCCUAGUUAUUGUAAUUUAAAAAUUCUUUAGAAUGCUAUGAUAUGUUACAAUAACAAAAAAUGCUAGGCCACUGUUUUUAUGCAUUGAAAAAUAGUACGUGCAUAAGAAAAAUAAUGGCAGAUUUAAAUAUUUCACUAUUUUAAAAUGACAAAAGAAUUCAAUGGGCGUUGAACAUCCGAUUAGUCUUAGCGUUUUCUGUUUUCCGUCCUUAGAUUUAAUUUUUAUAUUAAAUGUACAGAUCGUUGUUUAUUUGUUGCAACGGAAAUAUUAAUUUAUUGGAACGUAAAUAUAUGAAAAGAUUUAAUGGAUUGUAGG